CUUAGCACCACGAUAAACAAAAAUGUAUGAUUUCCAUUAGAUGCCUUUUUACCCCUUGUACAUUUAAACAAUGAACGCAAAACUCAAAGCAAGAGUUGCAGGAACUCUACCAAAUGGAAUUGGUCUUCCAGUUGGGAUUGUGCCGGUUGGUUCACGACCACGUUUAGUACGAAAACGAACCCCAAGUGCUGGAGCCUCUAGAACAUCGUCGAUUGCUUCCACACCAUCAAGAGUAUCGCUGAGUUCUCCAAAACGAAAAUCCAGAAGUCCGAGUACCAACAGCGUUACAAGUGAUGAUGACUGUCCGGAGAAUGAUGUCAGGUUUAUCAACAUACCCAGUCCAAAGUCAGAAAGUAAGCAAGGUGGGCUUAACCAAAAACAAAAACAACGAAAAAGUAUUAAUCCACAGGAAGUGUUGCAACAGUGUCAGGAAUCGGAUUACAACAAAGUGUAUGAAGUAGUUCUUCAUGCAGAGGAUCUCACUGAGGUGGGCAAUCUCGAGAAAUUCAGGAAAUUAAAAAUUCUUGAUCUCUCUUGCAAUCACUUGAAAAAAAUUGAUGGACUAGAGUCCUGUCCUGACUUGAGAGAACUGAAACUGUACGGGAAUGAAAUUGAGGCUAUCGAGAACCUAAAUACUUUAAAAGAUUUGUGUAGUCUUCAUCUGCAGCACAAUAAGAUAAAAAAGAUUGGCCGUGGUUUGAGCGGCUUGAAGAAGCUCAAACAAUUGAGGCUGGACAGUAACCAACUAGUCAAACUUGAGACCAGUGACCUGGUAGCCUGUGUUCAGCUCACGACUAUAAACCUCAGCUCAAACUUCAUCGACAAUCUGAAGGCUUUAAGUUACUUACCAAACUUGGUGGAGCUGUUUGCCUCAGGUAACAGACUCAGGAAAGUUUCUGAUCUGCAGCGAUGUAAGCAACUACAGGAAGUUGAUCUGUCCAAGAACCACAUUACCGACCUUACUGGACUGAAUAACUUGUCAAACCUGCAGAUUCUGGACAUCUCCUGUAACCAGCUGACCUGUCUGAAGAGUCUGGGAAAGCUGAAGUCUUUAGAAGACAUCAACGUGUCCAAUAAUAAACUGUCUGAGUUGUCCGACAUCCCAGACAUAUUUCCCAAAUUAGAGAUUUUGAAUUUGUCUGAUAAUGCUGUCACAGACUGGGAUGAGAUCUGUGUUCUGUCAUCAUGUCCAGAUCUUGUGGAGAUCAGUCUGGCAGGAAACCCAGUGACGCUGGAGUCUGGUGAAAUGCCAAACUAUCACUUUGAAAUCCAGAUAGACUUACCAGAAAUAGAGGUUGUUGAUGGAGCUGUGGUGAAACGGCCAUCAGCCAAGUCGAGUGUUCCACUGAUGCGACCCAUGUCAGCAUCCAAUAUUGUGAGCACAAGACAAAUGGAUGUCCAGAUAAAGGCAUUUGAUGAACAGUUUAAGUCAAUGGAAAACAGCAUAUCGAGCCGUUUUCAAUCCUUGAAAGAAACCUUUGACACUCUCCCUACUGAGGCUCCAGCUCCUAGUGAUAGAUCCAGACCAACCAGUUCCACGGACCUCCUGUCAAGCAGAUGCAGCAACAGAGCUAGAAUAAUGGCUGCCAAGUCAUUUGCAGUGGAAAACUUCGAGACUUGACCAGUUUCCAUAUACACAGAGGAGUUCACAUUUAAUACCACUUUUACACCACACAGAAUCACAAUACGGAUAACCUCACCUUCUAACUUUUAAUCUUACAUGGCAACCCUACCACUCAUUGUAAUGAUAUGAUGAAUACAUUUGAAAAAGUAUGGAUUAAAAAACCCCAAUCCACAUGCCUUAUACAGGCAAAAUUAAUAUUGUUGAUGAAUCCACACUUCGUAUGCAUUUUACAACUUAAUACAUUCUUCUAAAUGUAAAAUGUAACUGCAAAAGUAACUGUUAUAGAUUCUUUUUAAUGAAGAAUUUAUUUAAAUUGCAAGGAAUAUUAACAAAUUAAUUACAAAUAUCCUUUCUGCCCUCAUCAAAACACUCUGGCCAGUAAAUCCUCAGCAGUAUUUGACAAGUUUUGUUGCACUUGAAGGAGUCUUCAUCAAAAUACAUUAUUAUCACCAGUAGACGAAAGCUGUAAAGUUGAAAAGUGGGUGAGCAGCAUGGUUACAAGUAACGGUGGUGGUGAAUUUCUUGUGUGUUGACACAACAUUCGUUAAAAUUGAAGUAUACAAGAUGAGUUCAGUAAUGAUUCUCAAUCAGGGUUAGAUACAUGGACACAUCAGGGCUUAGGAUUUGAAAAUCAAUGUUCAGCAAGUAACUGAUCUCCUGAAAUUAUGUACGAGAGCAAUUGCUCCCAGUGUAACAGUUCACUAGUUUUGUGUAAAUAUAUUAACAAUAUCGGCAUGUGACAAGGUGAGUAGUUUUUCACCCACUUGCAAAUAGUUUUGUACAAUUCCACACAAGCGGGAGCAAUUGCUCGUGUCAAACCACAAGGAUUGACCCAUGAAUAUCGACAAUCCAUUUUUGUUCACAGUCAAGUGUUUCACUAAAGCAAUUUGAGCACUAGCCUCAAUUUUAUACAACAUGCAUGACUUAUGAUGGUAUGAAUGAAAGUGGAUUGGAAACAUUGUUAUACAUCAGUUGAGUGUAGUAAGUAAAUAUUUUCAGAUGAAAAUUAUUAUCAGUUAGCUAUGUCUGAAUUGGAAGGACAAUCAUGCUAACAGUUGAGAAAUGUUUAUCCCUGUCAUUGAAGUAAAGGUAAUUUGUGAUAAGUAUAAACAGAGAUAGAAAUAUUUCAUUCAGUGUAUGUAUGGCCUCGUGGGCCGAGGUGCUGUGUGUUUAUCACUUCAGUCAAUAUGUGCAUCUGAACCAGACCUGAAUACAGAAAAUAUUCAAAUGACAUUGUUCGCAAUUAUGUGAAUUAUAGUCACAGCUAUUGAUUGCUUAAACAUAAUCAACAGUUGACAUAAUCAGAUGCAGGGCUUUUCUAGCAGUAGCCAAAUUUGCCAAUUAAGAAUUUUAAAAUGAAUUGGCAAAUUUUAAUUUGAUCAAUAAAUUUCAUGUAGUAAUUUAUAUUUUGUUAAAAAAUAACUGGGUUUUUGCAAUAUUUGAUGUUUAAUAGAUAGUUUGGCGAAAUGGUCUGAUCAUCUAGAGAUAGCCCCCAUAAGAUGUCCCAGGAAUGGAUUAUCUCCCCAUACCUCACCAUAUUUUCAUAUUGAGCAUCUUAAAGUCACUACUGUUUGUACAUGUAAAAAAAACACUUUUGUAGUUCUCAAUGUCAAUUUUACUGAUGCAAAACAGUUGUCCUUUCUCCCUAAACAAGGUUGAGAAAACCCUGCAACUAUAUUAUUUAAUUUUCUAAUCACGCACCAUAUGGUGCAAACACUGAACUCCUAAUUUCACUAUAUCGUCUAAAAACAGAAGAAAAGUAUUUUUCAAGAAAAAUGGAAAACUCCCUGGGUCAAAGUUGUCAAAAUAAAUUGUAUUUGUCAAGUUGAUUGAAUGUUGAAUUUAAUAAUUCUUACACUGUAUGGUGUUCGAUGAACUAUGGUUAUAAAAAUAGCUUAAAAAAUGGAAAUUGUGAAUACAGAAUAUUCUCAACUACUAAGAAUGACGUUUUAUGUUGUUGAACUUUAUUUUUGUUUUGUUGAUUGAAGAAUACUGUAUAAUUAAUUAAACUGUGGACAAAAACA